UUCACCUUUCUGGUGUUUGUUUCUCUUUCAGGGACAAAUUAAGACGCUGCAGCAUAUACCAGACUGCCAGAACCUCCUCGCACAGGAGGAGUUCAUUUACACUGAUGUUUUCUGUUGGUUCAGAAACCGUCACAGACCUAAAGCUGUACUUUUAGUGUGAAUAAUAGAAAAGCAAGCAAACUGUUAUCGUCUCAUCAUCCAGAACAGCGUGGCUUUCACAGUCAGAGUGGAGACUCCCGCGGCCGCCCUUUAACGACGCUCCAGCACUCAGAGCACUUCACAGCUCAGAGGAGUUCCAGGAGCUGCUUCACGGACUCGGUUUCAUCGUCUGGGCUUCGGAGGAGUCCCUGGGGGUGAUCGCAGUGAGGGCCAUUGAUGGACUGACUUCUGGCAAGAACAUUUUUAAGCUCAACAGAGAGACAGCCACAAAAGCUGCAGACGCCACGGGGAGGUGACACGAGGGCUGUGGCGGCGCAGAUCUGUGGGAUGGAGUGUGCUUAGGAGCAUGAAAGAGUGAGUUUGUGUGUGUACGGAUGCCACACUGCACUGCAGACGAGCCCAGACGCCCACAUCACGCAACUUGAAGGCAACUCCUCGGAUUUCUCAGACUCUCCGAGUGGAAAAUAAAUCAGCAGGUUGGAUGUGAAACAACAGAAUCACAGAGGGAACAAACAACAUUUCCACAUAUUUUCUGGGGCGCAACCGACGUGGAAGUCGCACCAGUCGAGUCUCUGGAAUGAAGUCUGAAUUCUUCUUCUUCUCUUCAGAGCUUUGUUAUAAACUUUUUGGACUUUUUAGGUUCUUUAAGGACAAAUGUGUCAGUCAAAAAAACUUGAGUGUUUGACAGCGAUUCCUGAGAUGUUCUGGAUAUAAGAUCACAGAAAACUGAAGAGCAUCGCUGGAUGUAUGAAAGGAGAGGAAGCCAAUGAACACCUGCUUCUUAUUUGAGGAGUAAAACAUGGCAGUGAUACAGACUUUAUUCAGGAGAGAUGAUCUGACUUCCACUCAUGGCCUUCUUGAAGUUUUAAAGGCAAUAUUUGACAUUAUGAAACUAAAAAUCAAACUUCUUUUGAAUCUUUAAAGGUUUCUGGGUCUCAACUUGUCUUUUUUUAGCUGAACAUUCAGAGGACAGAGGAUUUUUCUAACUGACUGCGCCACCAGCAUUCAUCAUCAUGCUCCCUGGAGGACUGGUGUCCAGUGGAGGGGCUCGUGGUGGUGGCCUGUGCCUCCUCCGAUGGCUGGGCCUCAGGCUGUGGUCUCGUCGGGGGACCCUGGUCUUCGCUCUGCUCUGGUUUGGAUCCUGGUUGUUCCUGAAUGGUCUGGUUCUGGUCCACAGGACCAUCCUGUCUGACUACUGCACCGACGACAAGAGCAAGAGGAUCCUGCAGAGACUGUGUCUGGAGUUCGGCGAGGGCUCGGUGACAGGCGACAUGUGCGAGGACCUGUGCGUGCUCGGCCUGGUCGAGUACAAACGCUGCCUCUACUACGAGAACGGGAAGAAGGUGAUCGAGGCGCGCUGGAGAGGAAACCCCGUCAUCCUCAAGUCCAAGCUGGAGAACUUCUCCUCCUAUGAGCCUCUGGGAAUACUGGACUACGAGGAUGCAGCAGAGGAGCUCUCCCCGCUCGAUGUCGUGUUUUAUGCCACUCUUGAGGUACGAAACUCUCUGGGGUUGGCUGAGGAGAAUGAGGAUGAAGGAGGAGGAGUGAAUAACAGCUCUCUGGCCAGACUUUUGGGGAAGAAGCUGAAAAACAGGGAGAAGAGCUACUCCAGAGCAGAGCUGGCCUCCCUCUGGGCCCUGCUGCAGCAGGAGGAGUACACCUUUCUCAGAGUCCUGCAGGACCUCAGCACCCACGUGGCCAAGGUGUUGGGCUCCUGUGGUCAUUUCUACGCUGUGGAGUACCUCUCUGCCGGGCACGCCUGGGACCAGAACAUCUUCUCCCUGGAUGAUGUGGCUGUUUCUGGGGUUAAGGAUCAGGGCCAGGCCGGAGCCCGAGCCAGGUGGACGGCCCGGGAGAUGGUGCACCGCAUUGCACUGAGCUUCCUGGACAUGGUGUGGCACUUUGACAACGACUUCACCCACAAACUGCACCUGUGUGACAUCAAACCGGAGAACUUUGCCAUCAGGAAAGACCUCACAGUGGUUGCGAUCGACGUGGACAUGGCGUUCUUCGAGCCGAAGAUGAGGGACAUCCUGGACCAGAACUGCAGCAGCGACGACGACUGUAACUUCUUCGACUGCUCGUCCAGGUGUGACCUGAUCAAACGCAGGUGCAGCCCGCGGCGCAGGAACAGCAACCUGCAGGUCAUCUGUGAGAAGAUUUUUAGGACCGGUUUUCCUCCCACGCUGCUUGGGGCCAAAGCAGGGCUCCCUCUACAGGUGGAGCUGCAGCGAGCGGUGCAAGAGUGCUCAGAAACUGAAGGGGGCGUGGAGGACUCAGAGGAGGACAGAGGUGGUGGAGGAGGAGGCAGGGCCAUCCAUCAGCGCCUCCUCAGUGUCCUGAAGCACCUCCUUCAUGAGGGAGGGGCUUCAGAUGAAGGUGAAGGGGUGUGGGAGGGGAAAGGCCACAUCCACACUGCACUGAACUUUUGAGCUGGUAGCGGAGAGCUGAGACAGUCGAUACAGGAGGAGGAUCUCUGAAAACCACAGAGCAUUUUACUACAGGAAAUACUUCCAUUCCUUCCACUGCACAGUCAUAACCAGCAGGAUCCCAGGUAAGAAGAUGUUCAUCCACUGAUGCCUUUUUGGGUCCAGAGCCACAGUUUGAGCCACAGGGUGAAGUAUGUGGACACUCCUGUUCCUGUGUCCUUUUGGUCCAUUUCCCACUGGAGGGUCUGAGCACAACCCAAAGUGACCACUUCAGGAGAUGGCACUGAGUCAGGUAUGAGGUGCUCACAGGGAGAACAGUUUCAGCUCAGUGUGCAUCAAAUUCUUAUGAUGAAGAACAGUUUUGAACACAUACACAAAGAAAUUAUGGUUUUCCUGCUGUUCCCAGUGGAUUAAGUUUUAUCCUUCCUGAAAUUCCUAAAAUUAAAGUGGAAUGAAUCUUAUAUGACUUGAAGGUUGAGUUCAGGGAAGGUCCAACUUUAUUGCAAGAACUGGUUCACUGUGGAAGAACCUCCAUCCAUCGCCUUUAGUGUCCGUGAGUUUCCAGAUGAAAACCUGUGAUUGGAGUGAAUGACAGCGAGUCUGGAAACUUCGGAGAGCUCGGCGAUGCCUCGAGUGUCUCCUCGUUAGAGGAAGGUGCCGUGGAUCCAGUGCAGGUGGAUCCUCACAGAUUUAUUCUCCUUUUCCUUCAGCGGUUAGUCUCAGUGAGAUUUAGACAAAGAAGCUCUCUCAUUUGAAGAGAAACCGUAGAAACGUUAUAAAAUGAUAAAAGCUGCAGGUACAAAGAUGACAGGAAAAAUGACAGAUGUGAUUCCUAACUGAGUAAAUGACUGACGGCUUUUGUGGCCUCUCUUCGGGCUUUUUAAGGGUUAUUUUUACAUGUUUGUUUCCAGUUUUUAAAGAUGGAGCAGAGAAUGACGAAUAAGCUGUAAGUUUUGUGUGUUUUCCAGAAAAUCCAUGUAAAACUGUCGUUUUUGAAUCAAAGCUGUCACAUCUUCAGUGAUUGGUGUACAGAGGCAGAGCUUUGAAAACAUGUCUUUGUCCUAAUAAAAAUGGAGUGUACUGUA